UUUUUGUUUUGACACCGUUAUUGUGAAGAGCUCUUCACACAAGUCCAUAAGAAAGGACACAGUCGUCAUUCUACACUACGGUUAAAAAAUACAGGUGACGAAAUGGCAUCGGACUCCCCAUGCCGACCUAGUCGCUGUGCUGGAGGGGUUCUGGUGCGGGCACAAGCUGCUACGGAGCAGUCUUACAUGGAAAGUGUGGUGACCUUCCUGCAGGAUGUGGUACCCCAGGCAUACACUGGAGCUCCGCCCACUGAUGAAAAAGAGAAAAUCAUUUGGGUUCGAUUUGAGAAAGCUGACAUCAACGACACCGCCCGCAAUCCAGAAUUCAUGGAGAUGCACAGUGGAACUACUGACCCUCCUCUUUGCCUCAUGAUUGGCUACACUGACGGGAUGCAGCUCUGGAGCGUAUCUUUGGCAGGCGAGGCCCAGGAGCUGUUCUCAGUACGCCACGGUCCUGUUCGAGCGGCGCGCAUCUUGCCAGCUCCUCAUAUCAGUCCUCUGAAGAUGGACAGUUUUGCUGACAAGAGACCUCUGCUGGGGGUGUGCAAGAGCACGGGUUCCUCUGGGACAAGCCCUCCCUACUGUUGCGUUGACCUGUAUUCUCUACGGACGGGGGAAAUGGUCAAAUCAAUUCAGUUCAAGACGCCCAUCUAUGAUCUCAACUGCAACAAACAUAUUCUUGUUGUGAGCCUACAAGAGAAGAUUGCUGCCUUUGACAGCUGCACCUUCACGAAGAAGUUCUUUGUAACAAGCUGCUACCCCUGUCCAGGCCCCAGCAUAAAUCCAAUAGCUUUGGGAAGCCGCUGGCUAGCCUACGCUGAGAAUAAGUUGAUCCGGUGUCACCAGUCCCGUGGAGGAGCGUGCGGUGACAAUGCACAGUCCUAUACAGCUACAGUUAUCAAUGCUGCUAAAACUUUAAAGACAGGCCUGACAAUGGUGGGUAAAGUUGUCACGCAGUUGGCAGGCACCAUUCCAGCAGGUACUCCGGAUGAGGAGGGCACACCUCACAGUGUGAUCCGCCGCAGCCCCCACAACCCAGGGGUGGUCACCAUCAUCGACACACAUAGUGUUGGCGAAGGACAGGUCUUGGUGAGUGAGGAGUCGGACGGAGAGGGAGUGGUGGCUCACUUCCCAGCUCAUGACAAACCCAUAUCCUGCAUGCAAUUCAACCCCAGCGGAAUGCUGCUGGUGACUGCAGAUACUCUGGGCCAUGAUUUUCACGUCUUUCACAUUCUGACCCACCCAUGGGCGUCAUCACAGAGCGCUGUGCACCAUCUUUACACCUUGCAUCGAGGGGAAACUGAAGCCAAGGUCCAAGACAUGUGUUUUAGUCAGGACAGUCGCUGGGUUACCAUCAGCACCCUUCGAGGCACAACCCAUGUAUUUCCCAUCAACCCCUAUGGCGGUGCACCCUGUGCCCGCACCCACAUGUCACCUCGGGUGGUAAAUCGGAUGUCUCGCUUCCAAAAGAGUGCCGGCUUGGAGGACAUUGAACAGGAGCUGAACAGGGUAGCUGCGUUUGGAGGAGGAGCAGGAGUUGGAGGCAUCGGAGGAGGUGGCUGCAUCCUGGGAGGAGGAGGAGGAGGCAUCGGGGGCCGCUGUAGCCCCAUACCUGGCAUGUCCAGCAGCCCCUCGGGGUCUCCACUGCAUGCCAAGCUGAGCAGCCAGGAUUCAUACAACAACUUCACCAACAACAACAUGGGGAACCCGCGGCUGGCCCCGCUGCCGAGCCUCACCGUGGUGCUGCCUCUGGCUCAGAUCAAACAGCCCAUGACCCUGGGCACCAUCACCAAGCGCUCCGGCAAAGCCAAGCCGCCCCCUCAGAUGUCCCCGAGCAAGUCCAGUGGAGGAGAGUUCUGCGUGGCCGCCAUCUUCGCCUCAUCUCGCUCCUGGUUCAUCACCAACCCCAACAUGAAAAGAGAGAAAGAUCCAUCCAAGCAGUCAGUCAUUGAGUCGUUGUACAUCAUCAGCUGCUACGGAACAAUGGUGGAACAUGUCUUGGAGCCUCGGCCAAUCAGCACUGCUCAAAAGAUUAGUGAUGACACACCACUGGAGCUCAACACCUGCCCAAGGGCCUGCUGGAAUCUAGCCAGGACUCCACAAUGGAAUGAGUUGCAGCCACCCUUCAACUCCAACCAUCCCUUGGUGUUGGCCUCAGAUCUGGUGCAGUACUAUCAGUAUCUUCUGGCUGCGAUGCCCCCAGGAAGCCCCGGCCCGAUCACCCGCCACGAGUCGUCGGACAGCCUGGCGUCAGACCACAGCGUUCCUGAGGACGAGGAGUGGCUCUCUCAGGUGGAAAUUGUGACCCACACAGGGCCCCACCGACGCCUUUGGAUGGGCCCACAGUUUCAGUUCAAGACCAUUCACCCUUCAGGCCAGACCACCGUCAUUUCCUCCUCAUCCUCCGUCCUUCAGUCCCAGGGUCCCUCUGAUGUCCAACAGCCCCUGUUGGAUUUUGACACAGAUGACCUGGACCUUCACAGUUUGAGGAUCCAACCGGUACGUUCAGAGCCAGUCAGCAUGCCCGGCUCCUCCAGGCUGCUAGCUGAUCGCAGAGGGCAGGCCAACAUCAUGGACUCAGGAUCAGGUCAGUUUGAGGGGCGCGGCGUGACCCUGCUGGAGGUGUGUGGCAGCUGGCCGGAGAGCUUCGGCGUGCCGCGUCACAACUAUGGCUCCGUGGACGCCAGCGACGAAGGCCUCCGGGAGAGACUGGCCGACGCCAUGUCCGAGUCCCCCUCCAGGGAUAUAGUGGGAUCUGCUACGGAGCUGCAGAGAGAGGGCAGCAUCGAGACCCUCAGUAACAGCUCGGGCUCCACCAGCGGCAGCAUCCCCCGCAACUUCGAGGGCUACCGUUCCCCUCUGCCGACCAACGAGGGCCAGCCGCUCAGCCUCUUCCCCACCAACUUCCCCUAAGAGUCCCACCUCUCCCUCGGGAAGAAGCACCACCGUCCCCCCCACCUGCCUGCCUCCCCCCCCUGUCCCUCCACACAGCAUCACACUGAGUGCAGAAACCAAAACGACGUGUGUUUCUCAGUAAAGUGUGUUCUUCUCAUACAGUUCGCCACACAUUAGUUAAAUGCAGUUCUUUAAUGAUUGGGUUGGCUGCCAUUGCUUCUGUAGUUUGUACAUACUUCCAUUCAUCUUACAUUUGAAGAUGUAUUCAAAAUGUUCAUGUCUUGGCGAAAACACUGACAUUAAUGUAUUAUACACACUUGAAAACUUAUUUGAAGCUUAACGGCCAUCGUUCGGGAGCUAAUCUAAAGUGCAGGAAAAUUGAAAGUGCCAAUUUACAAUGUGCUUUCAUCUCAGAGUAUUAAGUGGCAUCUGUGUUCAGGGAGGAUUUUCCUUUAUUUUUAACUGAGCAGUUUAAUCUAACCAUCAGGAGCCGUCCUGUGUUUGUGCAGCUGAUGUUUCCUCGUCAUUCUUCGUGUGUUUGAAGUUUUACGGUGUGCCUAUUGUCUGAAGGAGCCAUGAGAAAGGCUGCGCCGCCGGCAGAGGAGGAGUGUUUAUUCCAGGCAGUGACGUGUAGCAGCUCCUCUCCUCUCUGCUGCCGCUCCUCUCAUGGCCACUCACUACAUGUUGCUGAUUACAUUUGUUUUCCUCUCAGGCCUUUGAUUAUCAUGAAAUCACAUUUGACAAAAGAUGCAGUAAUUAGAUGACACUGUUACUACAUUUCUGAAGUCAUUUAGAUAUUUACAGUGUUGAGAUAUCUUUUUGACAUCAUUCAGCCUUUCCACAUUUUAAUUGAGCAGUUUAAACGUCAUGCUGUAUUUUGUACAUUAGCAACUUUUGACCAAAAUAUUUUCUUGCUUAUAGAUAAAGAUCGCUAAGAAAGUGUAUUUUCAUUAAAUGUUUUAGCUUCGCCCAUAGAUUUGAUAAUCAGAAAUGACUUUAUAAAAAUGAGUUUGUCCUGAGCAGAUAUGAAAAGUAUUUACAGUCCAAUUUUAAAAUAUAUUAAAUAAUAGUUUACAAUCACAUGUCAGUGAGUGUUGUGAGGCGGCUGCAUGUCAUGUUGGCAUGCAUCUACUUGUUUUAAUUCAUGCUUGUUGUUGACGAUAUGUCAAAUACUUACUUUGUUUCCCAGCAUUCAUGCAAGAAAAAGCAUAAUAAAACUCAAGGAAAUGGAACUGUCUGUCUUUUUU